AUGGAUUCCCACCGGAGUCUUCUCGGCGCUCGCCACAUCCAGAACAUGAGUGAAGCUACCGAACUGGAACCCCAUUGGGGUUACGCAGACCGUGCUCUUCCUUGUGUCAAAGACGCCAAAACGUGCCAGUACCUGGAUCUCGUCUAUUCUGGCCAUGACUUUAGUAUGCUCUUCGUCGGCAUUUUCUGGGCCAUGGCCGUUGGUGUUCUAUUGAUCUGGGCUUUUAGUCGCAAGAUUUGGUCGUCCCCGAGAGCAGACGAGUUUCUUAUCGUGGAUAAUGAGACCGCGGUUUCCUCAACAAACAAUCGAAACACACGCGUAAAAAGGACAGUCGCAUCUUGUUUCCGCUCCUACCUUUUGCCAGAUUCGAUACGCCUCAUCUUCGGUCGCACGACACGUUUACAGGUCACUCUGCUAGCAGUCCUAACAACAUAUAUGAUCAUAGUUAGCUUCGCUGGCCUUAGCUACAAGAUCUGGGUCGUCGCUGUGCCGGACAUGGAAGGCGUUUACACCACCAGAACAACCCUCGGGCCUUGGUCGAAUCGAAUCGGUGUCCUCGCAUACGCACUUACACCGCUAACAGUCAUGUUGGCCAGCCGUGAAUCGAUCCUGAGUCUAUUAACUGGCGUUCCAUACCAGAGUUUCAACUUCCUACAUCGUUGGCUCGGGUACAUCAUUCUCGCCCAAGCCUUACUCCACACCAUCGGAUGGAUUGUCAUUGAAACGAAGCUCUACGCCCCACAACCUGCCGCUGCUAUGCAAUUGAUCACGGAAACUUAUAUGAUCUGGGGAAUCGUCGCUACGCUGUUGAUAUUGCUUCUUUUCGUACUCAGUCUGCCAUUUGUUAUUCGUCGAACCGGUUACGAAUUCUUCCGAAAGGCUCAUUAUGUACUGGCCAUGGUAUAUAUCGGUGCUUGUUAUGCCCAUUGGGACAAGCUCUCCUGUUUCCUUUACUCAUCUCUUAUCAUCUGGUUCAUCGACCGCGCUCUACGACUAAUCAGGAGCGGCCUGAUUCACUACCAAUAUAUGGAUGACGGUUCCAUCGGCUUCAAAAGUAUUCAUGCCGCCAUGGAAUAUUUCCCAGAUUCCGAUAACGGCGAUGUCCUGAGGCUGGAGUUCAUGCACUCCCAGGAUCCGUGGAACAUUGGACAACACUUUUAUCUCUGUUUUACUGAGUGCAGUAUUUGGCAAUCACAUCCUUUCACUCCCUUGAGUUUGCCCGUACUGAAAGACGGGGUUGUUAAACAUUCCUACAUCCUACGCGCAAAGCAGGGCGAGACGAAGAAGCUUGCGGAAUUGGCGCGGAAAAGAACAACUGAGGGAACAAUUCCUACGACUCCCGUCAUCCUUUCCGGAUCAUACGGGGAGUCCAUCGCAGAGGACUUGACACCAGAGACAAAUAUCCUGUGCGUUGCUGGUGGUACCGGCAUCACUUACGUCUUGCCAGUUCUGCUGAACCUGAUCUCGCAAUUGCCGUCGUCUCAGCGCAAGGUUCAAUUGAUUUGGGCUAUCAGGAAGGAGUCAGAUAAGCAGUGGGUUCGAGAUGAGCUAGAAUCGAUUUACCAAGCCAGCGAGGCACAUGCUAUUGAAGUGAGUGUCUACGUCACUCGCGAGGCAGUCUCUCCAACGAUCAUACACGACAAUGCUCAAGACGACAAAGCAGUUGAUAUUGGUACAUCGUUUUCAGUCCCAUCCGACUCGGACGACGUGAGAAUUGGCGUUAGGCGAAACUCUCAAAACUCUCAAAACUCUCAUCCAGACUUGAAGGAAAUGGUUCCCAGUUUCGUGAAGGAGACUAUCAGAGGUCCAACCACAGUGUUUGCAAGUGGACCUGGCAGUAUGAUUAGCGACUUGCGAUCUGCCGUCGCUGCUUGUAACUCUGGUGCUCAAGUAUGGAAAGGCAAUGACCGUUUCGAUGUGACUUUAAUAUGCGAUAAUAGAUUAGAAUAG